CAGCUGACCUACUAACAUACUUACCAAGCAGAGGAGAGGAGAGGAAACCGAUAGAGAGGGAGAGGGGAGGAACUGAGGCAAACAUGACAUGAGGAGCGGACUAAAAACAAGAUCCACUUCUUCUGUACGGUUCGUGGAGCUGGACUUUUUGCAAAGCGGCGAGGGUGUGUUUACGAGCGGAAACGCGCUGUGGAUGCUAUUACACUAACCUGAACGAGCUUUUGAUCUCGACUUCAACUGCGGAAAUAGCAGAGGGAGACCGAGCAACAUUCCCCUGGAGACUGACACACUGAGGUCCAUUGACUUCAACACCUGAAUCAACACUGAGCCCAAAGCUACAACAUGGAUAAAUGAGGGUUGCAAAUGUUGAGCUCCAGCCGUUCUUGAUCUUCUGGGCUAAUUUGGACACUUGAGUUCCUGGCUUGCAAUAAACAGACCGAUCGAGAUCUUUGAGAACAUUGCAAAGGUUUUCUAUCACCCUAUCUACAGUCAAAACUGGCUACCACAGGAAGAGAAUGGAAAAUCUAACUUCAGCCCUCACAAACUCAGAAAGUAACAUGAACUGCGUUGAGACCUUCAGCGGUUAUGAAGAGUCUCUAUCACCUCUCCAAGAGACUGCGUCUAGACUGGGCCGCAUCAUCAAACCCAAACCGAACUUGAGUUGCAGGCGGAAGCGCGAGUUCAUUUCGGAUGAGAAAAAAGACGCUUCCUAUUGGGAGAAACGGCGCAAGAACAAUGAAGCGGCGAAGCGAUCUCGUGAAAAGAGGCGCCUCAAUGACAUGGUUUUGGAGAACCGCGUCAUUGCACUGAACGAUGAGAAUGUGCGGCUCAAGACAGAACUGCUCCAGUUGAAGCUACGCUUUGGUCUUAUAAGCACCGCCUCUUACAUUGAAAAGAGCCAGCAGAUCGAGACAACAGGCAACAGCACAGGAAACGGAGGGUCAUCUUCUUCAUCCUCCUCCUCCACUCAGUACUACUCCAGUGGGUAUUCCAGCAGCUCUCAGGUGAUGAUGAACUCUGACUCGUCUGAAACCGAGCAAUCUGGCCGAAGCGACGGCCACAGGCAGUUGGUAAAGUACUCCCCACGUGGUUCCCUGUCUGACAUGUCCGACGGCUCCUCUAGAGACAGCCCGGAGCCAAUUCCCUUUGAGAUCAAGCAGGAAGGCGACAGGCUGGAGAUGGAUAUUACCAACAGCACCACGACUCAGAUCAUGUUUAACAUCCACCGCGGUCUGGCUUCGGUGCCGACUCAUCACCAGCUCCAGCAGCAUUCUGAAGAGAUGGAGGCCGCUUAUCACAGCCAGCAACAGCACCACCAUCUUCACCAGCAGCAGCCUGUUUCUGCAAUUGCGAACCAGCCUGCCACUCAACCACCUGCUGCACAAAGGAGUGUCAUUCUCUAUGGCUCAAGCAGUGCCUCCUACCCUGUGAACAACUUGACCAGGUCCCACGAUAUCGAUGUGCAGAAGCAGAGCAGCAGUGGCAGCCAGACGUGCGUCAGCCGACAACCCCACUCUUUUGCAGAGAGUUCCACUGAGACUCUGGCAGAGGUGACAAAACAGCUGGAGAGAAAAACAUUAGACUCUCCUUCAUACGAGCUCGCAGGCAGCCAAAAAGUAGCUGUGGAGAGACGAGCCUACGUUUGCCAGCCAGAGCAGCAGGAGACGGAGGUUAUCAGCCAGUCCCACCUGUAUCACCACCAGCCUCAUUCUUCAUACCUCAGUGCCCAUGAUGAGGAGCCUCCUGUUCUUGCAUAUGAGGGAAAUCUUCCUAAAGAGGCUUACUACCAAGGCCAGUCAAGUUCGUCUGGAAAGGACACCUCAUCUAGUGAUGGGGAUCCAAGGAGCUCUGACAAAGAGGCCUCGACUGAUGAUGAGGAGACCUCCUCCUACCACAACCAACAUCUUAGCAGCCUCCACCAGCCAGCCUCCCCUCAACAUUCAUCCCUCAACUUCUCUCAAGCCCAAGGCCGGGACACCCAGGGAGAGGUGAAGGGCACAGCAUUACCCCACAAACUCAGACUGAAACACCGGGCCAUGAGCUCCGGCAGCACUGGAGGCCAUUGCUCUGGCCAAGAGUCCCCGACUACGCCUCCCUCUGCCACCCCCCCACCCCUCCCGCAGCAUCCGUAUUUAUCCCUGUCACCACAGCAGAACAUUGGGGGCCUAAGCCCAGGCAUAGCCUCUAAACUGUCAGAAUCCGAGUGGGAGGGCACGAGGACUGAGAACGGAAAAAAGGAGGCAGGUGGACGACGGAACAAGAGGCAAGAUUAAGUGGAAAUUCAGUGCUCUUUAACGCAAAGACAAUUGCUCCUCAGUCCCCUCCCUGCCUUACUGCCUUUGCCCCGCGAUCCAAUACCCUCCUCUUGUUCACGGGACAUGAACCCUGGCUUUUUCUACACCCCCGAACCUCAAUGUCACCAAAAAAAAAAAGGCUGGACUUUUUUUUCUGUCCGGCAGGACUGUAUCAUACUUGUUUAUACUGUACAGACGUGUCGUUUCUUAUGUCCUCUCCAUACUUAUGGAAGCACUUUUGUUUAUGCGAUGAGAGGAGGAAUGGAACUACCUGCUUUUCUACUCGCGCCAUUAACGUCACACCACAAAAGAAAGCGUCAGAGAGUCCGAGCACAUUUUGACCGAAAAGAAUGUAGAAAAUCAGCGUCAAGCUUUAUCAGAACCUUUCGAUUUGUGGCAUAUCGGACUGCGGACACCGACGAGCGCAUGGCUGUUUAUGCUUUAACCCAAGUCAAACACAGGCAAACCCUCGCGACGGUCCCUCAACCAAAGAAGCUCCGGCAAAUUUCCAGUUCCAUACCUCUUCCCAGACCCUACCUCUACCACCCACCUUUAUUUUUUAAAGCGCCUGCUUUGUAGAUGACUGUGACAUAUGAACAUAUGUAUCUAUUAUAAAUCUAUAUUUUACAAAGGAAAUUUGAAUACAAGCGGAUUUUGAAAUGACCAUACUCUGAGGAACGGGAAUAAAAAUGACUCUUCGGCCACAUUGUCCGCCGUUUGCAACAGCUCGAAUCGAAGCGCCUCUGUGAUUGUUCAGCUCGAGCAUUAAUAAUCUGUUUACGCAGAAAACGGCCGUCCGGCGUGGGGGAGCCAACAGCACUGAAUGGAGAACAUUUUGACUCCCAGGGGGGCCAGCGCCUCGUCGAUUAAAAAUGAUUUCUUAACCUUUAACCAGCCUUUAAAAAACGUGGUGGAAAUCACCAGCUGCAAGCUAUGAUAAGCCUUUCAGUUUAUUUGAGCUUUAUUAUCUGUUGUCACCGUUCACUGGCCCAAUGUAUUUAUUUCCCUCUUCUCCACUGUAGAAAAAGCCCUAUGGGGACAUAGACAGAAUGUGUACAUACCCACACUUGGAGUCAUAGGCGCCGAUCUACGUUUCUGCCAGUGGGUGCUCGGACGGGCGGUAAAUCUACUUUUCUGACCAUGCGCGGUUUUUGCUUUAUGGUGAGAAAUUAUUUGCCAUCAAUUCCACGUGGGUGCUCGGCAUUGUCCGUGGGUGCUCGGUCCCCGAAGCACCCACCGGAUCGGCGCCUAUGCUUGGAGUUUGAUGCGGGCAUUGGAUGCUGGGGGUUUAACGUAGUAGCUGCUAAAUUGUCCUGUCAAAACACACUUGUUGAUGAUCCGUACUGGAUGCCAUAUUAGAGAAUGAAGACAAUCAUGUUCUAGAGCAGGGGUCGGCAACCCGAAACGCCACAUAAGACCAAAAAUCCAAAAAAACAUCUGUCUGGAGCCGCAAAAAAUGUAAAGCCGUAUAUACUUUAAGUCUUAUAGUGAUGGCGACACAUGACGUAAGUGUCUAUAUUAGCGAUAAUAGCCUACAAUCAAAAUGACUAUGUGUCGCAGGCUGAAGCAAAUCUUCGUUGACAGAAAUGUUGAAAUUUUAUAUAUUUAUUCUACACAUCUUUACAACAUUAGAAAACCAUUAGUAAAUCAGAGGCUACUCAGAAGGUGAGCUAAGUCCUGGAACGGCUAAAGGUAUAGGUGUGUCCGUCCAAGUCAAAGGAAUCGGCAGACUGUUUUCUUUUAAUAGAUUUAUGACAAUCUUUGGCAAGCUAGGUAAUGUUUGCUGUGGUCUGGAACAACAUGGCACACAAACAAUUAUCUGAAAUGCACCCAAUGUUACAUACAGAUAAUGUGUCACGAGACAUGCACAACUAAAUUAUAUACAAAGAAGAUAAAAGUAAAGGAUAUUAAAUUGAGGCAUAGUGAUGUAAUGUGUACAUACAGCUAGCCUAAAUAGCAUUUUUGCAUCGAUUAUUUUGCAGUCAUGCAAUGACCAAAUAUGCUUGAUAAGCACUCCACACAAUUCAAUAACACCAACAAAGCUCACCUUUGAGCAUUCGCACACAGUGUAAAAGGUUUGGUGGACAAAAUGAGACAAAGAAUGAGCGGCAUAAAAUAUGUAUUUCUCUGGCAUCAUUGGAUAAAGUUAUACAUCAGGGGUAAGGAACCUAUGGCUCUAGAGCCAGAUGUGGCUCUUUUGAUGACUGCAUCUGGCUCUCAGAUAAAUCUUGCUGACGUUGCUCAACACAAGGCGGUAUAGCUCGGUUGGUAGAGUGGCCGUGCCAGCAACUUGAGGGUUGCAGGUUCGAUCCCCGCUUCUGCCAUCCUAGUCACUGCCGUUGUGUCCUUGGGCAAGACACUUUACCCACCUGCUCCCAAUGCCACCCACACUGGUCUAAAUAUGUAACUUAGAUAUUGGGUUUCACAAUGUAAAGCACUUUGAGUCACUAGAGAAAAGCGCUAUAUAAAUAUAAUUCACUUCAAUUCAAGUGGCAAUCACAGUGUUAAAAAUAACGUUCAAAAUAUAAAACGUUCUCAUGCAUUUGAAUCCAUCCAUCCGUUUCUAUCGCACCUGUUCAAGUAGUUGCAUUAAAAGUCAAAAGUAUUUUAUUUAUUAUUGGUUAGCUUCAGAAUAGAAUAACAAUGUUAUUGUUUUAAUCAGGGAAAGUUCAAAUAAAAGAGGUGUAGAAUUCUCUUGUUUCUCCUCAUUGAGCUAAAUUGAAUCCUGUCUCUGUUUAAUUCCUUGCUUCUUGUCUGUUUAAUAGAUGUCCUCAGUGUUUGAACCUGACAGUUGUAUUCAGUGUUAAAAAUAUUAUAUGGCUCUCACGGAAAUACAUUUUUAAAAUAUUUGGCUUUAAUGGCUCUCUCAGUCAAAAAGGUUCCCGACCCCUGUUAUACAUGUUAACAAACCAUGGUGAGUUGAAGGACCGCCAAAAUUAGUAGGACAAAACGCCGCUCGCCAAAUACUCUCAUCAGAUAAUCAUGUUUGAUAUAAACACUGAGAUUUCUAAUAAUAAUGGAGGUUUGUGUCAUGUUGUCCUCCUACAGAAACCCUAAUAAAACAAAAUGGUUUUUUUUCCACCCACCUUUUUCUAUUUUUAUGCAUUUUCGAAAAAGCUCCAGGGAGCCACAAGGAUGGUGCUAAAGAGACACAUGCGGCUCUGGAGCCGCAGUUUGCCGACCCCUGAGCUAGCCUAAAUAGCACGUUAGCAUCGAUUAUCUUGCAGUCAUGCAAUGACCAAAUAUGCUUGAUAAGCACUCACAAUUCAAUAACACCAACAAAGCUCACCUUUGAGCAUUCACACACAGUAUAAAAAGUUUGGUGGACAAAAUGAGACAGGUUGCAGACCCCUGUUCCAGAGUAAUUCAAUGCCCCCGAUUGCCUCCAUUGUCCAGUUCCGACCGUAGUGCUCCAGAUCCAAGUAAAGCGAGGAGUAUAUGUACCAUGUUUGGCUUUUUUUUUUUUGGCACCUGUGUAUAAAUGUAAAGUUCCCCCGACCCUCAACUACACUGUAACGUUUAUCAUUGUUUUGAUAUCUUUUUCGUCAAGGUGUCGUUUCGGUUUCCCCGCUAUACCCGUGUCUUUUAUUUCCCGAUGACCGUGAUGACUUGUGUUUUCCUCAUAGCACCCCGCCCCUCUUUUCAGUGUAUUAAUCAGUGACGUUUGUGGUUUUGCUGAUGGUUUUUAAGAAAAACAAAAACACAAAAAAAAAGACGUGUGGAUCGGGAAAAAAAUGAAAUAUAUCAGAGAUGUGCGGUGGUCGGUCUGACUGGUCGUUGCCAUGGCUUCUUUCGGACAUGAAUAUGUACGUGAUGACACUAGUGUGGCGGGUGGGUGCGUUUCAAGAUCGGAAAAUGAAUAAAAAAGAAUGUUGACACAA